AUGGACGCAGCUGCAGUGGUGACUCUUCUGGCUCUGCUGGUGGCGAUGGCUGGCGUCAGUCGGGCUCUUCACAUCCAGGGUGGUGUGGACCAAAAUGACAUCCUGCCGGGCAGCUCAGAGGAGAACAUGGUCGACCGCUUGUUGGGGCUGGAGAGUGAAAACACAGAUAGCAGAGUUGACGAUCGCCUGCUGACCUCAGUGCUCAGAGCUCUGCUGCUCGGAUCUCAGAGAGAAACCAGGAACUCAGUCCUGCAUCAGCCACAGAGGUUUGGCCGUGAUUCCAAAGGGCAGGUGGUGAUGGACGACCAAAUACACACUCGCAACUGGGACGCCGCAGCCCCCAAUCAGAUCUGGAGUAUGGCCGUCCCCCAGAGAUUUGGCAAGAAGUAA